AUGUUUGGUGGUGGUGAAGAAUACUUUCGUGAGCCUCCGUCAAUAGACCGUGAUACUUUACGUCGUUUUGCAGUCUUCUGUGCCCGCUUACGUGUAGUGGAAAAACCAGGAAAAAAGACUGUUACAGAAGCCUCACGGCUUGCGCGAGAAGUAGGUGAUAGUGAAACUGCCUUUGAACUCGUUGUUGGGGUACUUCUUCGCCAUAUCAAGUCAUGGACUGGUAACAAACAAUUGACAUGUUGGUAUAUUCUUGAUAAACUAUGCAAAGAGGAACGUGAUAAAUAUGGCUAUACAGCUAGUAAAUAUAUUCUUGAUGUGGGUCGGGACUAUAUACCAUAUGAAGAUCCAGUUCUUGGACCUAAAUAUGAAAGUCUUGUAGAACAUUGGGAAGGUGUAUUUCCACGACAUGUAGUGGAUGCUCUUUGGUUAGCGAAAAAAGACCGUUUAUGGGCAUUGGCACACCCUGAUGAAGUACUUCAACAAAAAGAAGAGGAAGAACGACAAUGGAAACAAGAAGAAAUGUUUUUAGAGGAUGAAGAUGGUUUAAAUGAUUAUGGUCAACCUUGUAUGGAUUAUCUACAAGGUCGUUGUUUUUGGGGUGAUGCAUGUAAGUUAUAUCAUCCACCAGGUGAAGAAGGAAGUCUACCGCUUGAGUGUCGUCUGGGAGAUUGGAAGUGUCCAUCAUGCGGUGCUAUCAAUCGGCACUUUCAACGUCGUUGCUCUAAUUGUAUUAGAGAAAAACCACAAUAUAAGAAGGGACGAAAACAAACGGCAGAAGAACUUUUGCUCUCAUCACCAGAUCCCAAUGUUUAUGUGGCUCUCCGGCGGCAAUUUGGAUAUGAUCCUAAUGAUGUGGAAGAUACAGUAGCUCAUUGGAAAGCUCGUUUGGGUGAUACAAGUAUUGAAUCAUAUAAAGAAGAAAGACGUGCGGCUUAUCGAGUACGUAUUCUCGGAAAGGCACCAACAUCUGAAUUGGAAGAACGUAUGCGAUCACAGAAGAAUUACCCUGAUAUUGAUAUGGGUCCACCUGAAGAUGAUGAUACCACAGAAGCAGAUGGUGUACCAGCACGUGUAAUGAUGCAAUCUUUGGUUCCUGCAGGUACAUCCUCUGUGGGUGCUGUUGCUCUCCUUUCACAAACAAUUGUUGAACGUGGGGCUCGGGAUCCCAAACUGCCGCAAAUACUUCACGAACUCGCACGGUAUAUGAAGGAAGUUGCAGCAAAUACGAAUCUUCAACUGUCACCAAUACAAGGUGAGACAUUACUGACAGCUUGUAAAAUUGUCUUUUCAGCAUGGGGUGCAGAUCGUGCAGCUAAAUCUUUUGUACCACCCUUUUUUAGGGAAUUACGUCACAUAGAGGGCGAGUUAGGGCUCUCUGUAGAACUACGUGAUCAACUGAUCUCCAUCACGAGGGAAUUCCGAACAAACUGA